AUGACUACCCCGAACCGGCAACCCAACUACACUCACGUCAAAGGACCAGACACAUACGAAGCCCCAGGACUCUCUGGGAAACGAAGUCGUGAAGCCAUGAACCACAACUUGACCUCAGGACGCCUAGCGAGCAAACGACGAGCUACCAGCCAGGAACCUAGUUUGGAGUCAUCUAGCUGCAGUAGACCUCUACCACAACAUUCAGUUUCGUCACCUUCACGGAUCCCGCGGUACUCACCGCCUCUUUCAAGGACUGGUAACUCUUCUCCUGAGACCAACGUGCUCCUACCGACCACGACAAUGCAACAAUCCAAUGACUCAACGACUGGCCUUCCGUUCUUCCUCCCAACGUCUACUGCAUCGAAUUCUCCCGUCUUUGGUCUCGACCUCCUUGAACUGAACCCCGAGCUCCACGGCUAUACUUCUGAACUAUACGACCAAAAGCUUUUGGAUGGUACUGCCGCUAUCGAUGCUUCGACUACUGGAACCCCAAAUCCAACCGUUGUCCAGAGUCCCCCUUCUCAGAACACUCAGCAACAGCAGGUCAUCCCCACCGGUCCGGAUUGUGUCGUGCCUAACCCCUCUGGCUGUAGUGCUGAGAUGAAUCGUAGUUUUACUACUGACUCACUCUGUGGAGGAAUGAACAUGAUCAGGUUCGGUUCGAACAGAUCGGUUUCCAACAAUCUGGAGUUUCCAGAUCAAUCAUCAGCAAAUUUCUUUGCAUCGUCAUUACAACAAGACAAUGACACAAACUACCCCUUUUCCUUAUUGCCCACUACCCAAGCCCCAUCUGAUAGCAACAUGACUCAUGUUCAAUUUUCUCAGUCCUUGCCCGAGUACGGGCCUGGCUAUUUUCCUUAUUCUAUUUCUACCUCUCGCACACGCUCAUCCUCUUCUUUGCAUUCUUCGUCGUCGGCUUCAUCUACUGAGAUGAAGCCUUCUCUGUCGAGCGAGAGUCAAGAAUCCUCUCGCUCGAGUAACUCACGGGCUCUGCGGAGGACACAUGAGCAGAUCAUACAGGGUACACGAAAGAUUGCGCCUAAGGCUGCUGAUAAACAGGGUAUUCAGCCCACAGUGACUGAGCACCGGAAGAUCAACAUUCCGGCGGCUGACGGUCGAUCACGCGAAGUCGCUGUGAUACCAAAAGCUUCGGUUCAACGACCUGCUCGUCAAAAGACAUACUGCACCAUGUGUAACGAGCAGCCCGAGGGCUUUCACGGCGAACAUGAACUCAGAAGACACAUCGAUCGAUCUCAUUCUCAGGUCCGCAAAGUGUGGAUCUGCGUCGAUAUAUCACCUGACAAAAAAUUUCUUGCUAAUUGCAAGGCCUGCCGAAACCAAAAACGGUAUGGUGCAAAUUAUAAUGCAGCUGCUCACUUGCGUCGCACACAUUUCAACCCAUGCCAACGCGGCCGUGGGGGGCGAGGCAAGGACAGCGAAAAACGUGGGGGAAAAGGCGGCGGCACCCACCCACCCAUGGAAGUUCUUAAACACUGGAUGGUGCAACAAGACGAGAUCGUACUAGACAACCCCUCAGCCAUCGUCAACGCAACAAAUGAUGUUACCGGUGCCGAAAAACCACAAAUCCCUCGUCGUGCCUCUAACGCCAGCCACCAUAGCACUAGCGACAGCGAAUGUGGCAGCACCAUCGCAGCCGUGAACGAUAAUGUUACAACGGUCGCUGAAGAACAACAAUUGUCCGCCCCAGCUAUCGCUGCCAAAUUCGAUCCGUGCGCAACCACUAUCGAUCAACCUGAGUUCGAUCUCUCACCUCAAAUGCCUUUUAACCUCGAUGAUUUUGCUGCCGCUCCGGCUCCAUUUGACUGGAGUGAGGGUAGCCACCCGACAACCCUUGGAGGAGGGUAUAUCCCAAUGGGUCAGGGUAUCAUGCAUACUUAUGACCCUUUGUUUUAUCAUUAA